CCUCUGUCUCCGCUUUUCAAUAUGAGGCGCUACUGCAACCACAGAUAUGGCAACCAACAGCAUAAAACUGCUUACGGGAAACAGCCACCCGCAGCUGGCAAAACUUGUGGCUGACCGACUUGGAAUUGAGUUGACCAAGAUUCUGGUCCUACAAUACUCAAACCAGGAGACGUCUGUGACGAUCGGCGAGUCUGUCAGAGACGAGGAUGUCUUCAUCUUGCAGUCCACACCUCCGGGUGACAUCAACGAUGCGCUCAUGGAGCUGCUCAUCAUGAUCAACGCCUGCAAAACCGCAUCUGCCCGCCGCAUUACCGCCGUGAUACCCAACUUCCCAUAUGCCCGCCAGGACAAGAAGGACAAGUCGCGAGCGCCCAUUACGGCGAAGCUCAUGGCCAACAUGCUUCAAACUGCUGGCUGCAACCACGUUAUUACGAUGGAUCUCCAUGCCAGUCAGAUUCAAGGUUUCUUCAAUGUCCCGGUCGAUAACCUGUAUGCCGAGCCGAGCACGCUGAGGUGGAUACGGGAGCAUUUGGAUGUGAAGGACUGUGUCAUUGUCAGUCCGGAUGCCGGAGGUGCGAAGAGAGCUACCUCGAUAGCAGAUUCUCUCGACCUCGGCUUCGCCCUCAUCCACAAGGAGCGCGCGCGUCCCAACGAAGUUUCCAAGAUGGUUCUAGUCGGCGAUGUCAGCGGCAAGACUGCUAUCAUCGUUGACGACAUGGCCGACACCUGCGGCACGCUUUGCAAGGCCGCCGACGUGGUUAUUCAGCACGGUGCCAAAGCCGCCUUGGCAAUUGUAACACACGGCAUCUUAAGUGGAAACGCUAUCGAGGCGUUGAACAACAGCAAGUUAAAGCACAUUGUGGUGACCAAUACGGUUCCGCAUGAGGAGAAGAAGGCGCUGUGCGAUAAGAUUGAGACGAUUGAUAUCAGCCCUACUCUUGCGGAGGCCUGCCGCCGCACGCACAACGGCGAGAGCGUUUCUUUCCUCUUCAAGCAUGCUCCUGUUGAUUAAGGGUUCUGAUUGCCCUAGCAUCUACGGUAUAGAAAUUCACGGUUUCCGGCUUCGUGGGAUGGCGUUAUUGUACUUCUCUCUUUUGUUGGAAAAUAUCCCGAGGGGGCCAGCAUGGGCGCUGAAGUAGCAUUACCUCUGAGAAAACUUUGUCCUUCCCGGAGCUGCCUCUCCCGCUCUCCGGCAUCAUAAUAUGCUAAAAUACCCUCAGCAGGGACACAACCAUGUUUUAGAUACCAGACUGGACAGCAUGUGCUGCGCCAUCCAUCAACGACUUUGAGCUAUUUCAUGGAAAUCCAUAAAAUCUAUUCGCUUGCUCAGCGGCUUCUCUGUUGAAC